AAAUGUUUGAAUGUUUGCAACUGUGGAUUCCUGAAGUUGUUCAUGUUAUUAAACAUUCCUCCACGCAGCAGUCAGGAUGUUUGCUUUUUGGAAUCCUCUUCAUAUCUCUUUGCCAAAAGAAUCCUCUGUACCUAAUCUUCAGUUUGGUUUUCAGCAUUCUUUAUCAGAAUUACCAGACCAAACUCCAAACACAGAAGUUACCGGAUUGGCUAGUCUUCUUGAACACAUGGACUGAAAUACCUGUUCAUGUUUGCCUGGUUGGAUCUGCUUCAAGAUUUCUCUCUCAUAUAAUUGAUUAUGUUCUUGGUUCAAGCCUUCACAACUUCAUUGUUACAUCAUUUGGCCUGACUCCGUAUCUAGAUACAUUCCCUGAUUUUCUAGCUGGAGCGAUUAGCAUGAUUCCUGCAAUGAUAGUUGGACUAGGGGUAGAGGGGUCUAGAAGUCUUGAACGGAUGCUGAACCUUAUAAAUUUGGUUCUCUUCUUCGUACUCGUUGUUUCAAGUCAAUUUAAUAACAGAAUGAAGAAUCAAGCGGUGGAUUUUGAAAAAGACGAAUUCCUGGCAUUGCUUCAGACUUCUCUCAGUAAUUCUGGUCUCAUUCUGUUAUGUUUUGCUGGUGUGCUGUCAAAAACAACAACAACUACCAGAUCAACAACAGACACAACAACAACAAGAUCUGAAGACGGAAAAACCGAAAGAAGAUCAUUUCAUCUUUAUCAUUUUCUUGUUUUUAUCAUCGUGGGAACAUUAUCCUUUGUUAUGCCGUUUAACAGGUGUGGGGAUGGUUUGUAUAUUUACUUCACCAAUUCUCAGGAAAAAAUACGAUUAUUUCUUUCUUCAAAUUUUUAUCAAUUCUAAAAAAUCGUAUUAGAUCGCUCGUCAUGAUAUUUUUUUAGUUGAUAGCCUAAGAUUGUUUGGAUGCCUCUGUUGAAAAAAAAAACAUGUUAAAAGAAUGUCAAAAGCGUAAUUUUUGAAAGUUACCUAAAAAGGUGUAGACGUUUGUUGUAUCUUGUAUUGAUGGAGUU